AGAUCAGACUGAAAUAACUGAAGAAAUCCCAUCCCGUCAAGACCAUAUGCGGGAAGACCUAGUCUUAGAAAUAUCACCAAAAUCUCUUGACGAUACAACUGAAGAUUUUGUGAGAAUAAACAUGCCUGUGACACCAAGUCAUACCCCGAAAAAAGUUAACUUUUCUCCCAUCCCAAGCCCUAGCUUUGCCAAAACCAAUGAAUCUCCUGGUCCGUCAACGACAAAAAAUAGAACAAAUUUUAGAAAUCUCCUCCCAAAGCUAAGUUUUAAGCAUCGGAAUACUACUUCAGAGAUUGAGAAGGCUGCCAUCUUAGCAUUAGGCUGUUCAUCUGCAGAGAUCCAGAAUUCUUACAGAUUUCUCACUUUACAGAAAGAAGGGGCUCAACUACCUAUUCAUCGUUCACGCUCAGUUCCUGUGCUAAUCAAAAAUGGAAUUGUGAGACAGUGGGAUUCUUCAGGUGGUGUUUACCAUGUACUUCCCACUACCCCACGUGUGUCCAAGGGAACUCCUGUAACCACGUCAAAUGUUUCUCCUAUAGAUGACUCAGAUGGCAAUAAUGAUGAACAUAUUCCUGAAGAAGAAGCUGUUUGUAGGAUCUGCUUGGUCGAAUUGGGCGAAGGUGGUGGUACCCUUAAGAUGGAAUGUAGCUGCAAAGGUGAACUUGCACUCGCCCACAAAGAAUGUGCUAUAAAAUGGUUUAACAUAAAAGGCAAUAAAACAUGUGAUGUAUGUAACGAAGAUGUUAAAAAUCUUCCCGUUACCCUUUUACGAGUCCCAAAUGCUCAGACCAUUAACCGGCUAGGAAGAGGCCAACAAAGUGAGAUUGUUCAAUACAGGGUAUGGCAGGAUGUUCCUGUACUUGUCAUUGUCAGCAUGCUAGCUUACUUCUGUUUUCUUGAACAGCUUCUGGUGUCAAGAAUGAAAUCUGGUGCAGUUGCCAUCUCUCUUCCAUUUUCCUGUAUAUUGGGUCUUGUUGCAUCCAUGACCUCGACGACAAUGGUCAGGAAAAAAUACAUUUGGGUUUAUGCAACCAUUCAGUUUGGGCUGGUGGUUCUGUCUGCUCAUCUUUUCUACACGCUGAUUCACAUACAGGCUGUUCUAGCUGUACUGCUUGCCACACUGGUGGGUUUUGGAGUGACAAUGUGUGGAGCUUCUGUUCUCGUUGAAAUUUUGAAAUUGAGGAGAAUCUGGCACAGUCAAUCAAAUGAACAAGUAACAAGACAACCUGAUCAACCCCCUAUAACUGCAGAUGGAACCCAGAUAGAUCCACAAUCAACUGCAACAGAAAAUAGAGAUCCAGAACCCAGGCAGGGCAGCUGACAUGCCACCAAGAAAUUAUUAGCAGUACAGAGACCACUCCAAGCGUACAGAUAUAAGAUACUAUAACAAUGUAAUGUAUGUAUAGAUUCCAUGUUAUAUAGGUAUAUAUUAUAAGACCGUUGGUAUAAUUCAUGGGGUCAAUGUCUUAGGGAAAUCAUUUCCUUGGUAUUUUUAGCAGAGUACAUGCGCAUGGUCAUUUCAGCUGACUGAAUUUAUUUGUUGGUGAUUGUUAUUUGGAAGUUUUAAUUUAGAGAUGAUGUAAAUAAUGAUAUUAAUAAAGUAAAUUAAUAGUU